AUGUGUCGACUACUUGUUUUCAAGGGCGCCGACCCGAUUCAGCUUUGCCAUCUCGUUACACGCCCCGCCCACUCGAUCAUCAACCAAGCUUUUGACUCUCGGCUGCGUCUCGAUGCCACGCGCGCUGUCAACGGCGACGGCUUCGGCGUGGGCUGGUACGACUCCAAACAAGAUCCAGAGCUGGGCAAUGCUCCCUGCAUCUUCACCUCGGUCACUCCAGCAUGGAAUAAUCAAAACCUUCAGCGCAUCGCCGAAAAGAUCAAAUCGCCCCUCGUCUUCGCUCAUGUUCGCGCCUCUACUGCCGGUGCACUGUCCGAGACCAACUGCCAUCCAUGGCGAUACGGACGACUCAUGUGGAUGCACAACGGUCAGAUCUCGGAAUUCUCCAAGAUCAAACGCAAGGUUCUCGCCUCGCUUCCCGAGCCACUCUUCCUCUUCCCGCAGGGACACACGGACUCAGAAUUCGCAUUCGCCGUCUUCCUCAGUCAUCUCGGCGACCCUCUUCAAACAGAGCCCUUUUGCUACAAAGAGCUGCGAGAUGCGAUGCUGGCCACGAUCAACGACUUUAACACUUGGGCGCGCGAGGCAGGUAUCCGAGAACCCAGCCUGAUGAACUUUUGCGUCACCGACGGCCAAUCGAUCAUUUGCACCCGAUACGUCUCAAGCAAGCACGACCAAGCAGCUUCGCUCUACUUUUCCUCGGGCACAAGCUUUUACGAGCACUCGCCCGGAACCUACAGGAUGGUCAAGACGGACAAAAGGGAGAAAAUCAUUGUAGUAGCGAGCGAGCCCUUGACGUUUGAAAAGGCCGAUUGGAUGGAAAUCCCAACCAACACGCUGGUCUGCAUCACACCAAAGAUGAACGUCCUGCAAUUGCCCAUCGUGGAUGAGUAUGCCUUGGGCAAGGGCGAUCACACGAUCCGAAGCCCCACGUUUGCAAUCAAGACCGGUUAUCCGCCGAGUGUGUCUGGUGCGACUGCAGCGAUUAAGGGUGGUGGAGCAGAUGCGGACGUUGCAUCAGAUGAUUUACGCAUGUCAAUAACAAGCUUGAGGUCGCCUUCGAGAGGUCCCACGCUUGUUCGCUGA